AUGUUCUUCGUUCUACAGGUCGUGCUUGGGCUCUUCGCCAUUCAAAUCACCGCAACCCCUCUCCCAAGGGCAAACAGCGUAACCCUUGACUCUGCGACCUUCACCGGCACUACCUCAGGUCGCGUCACCAAGUUUCUCGGUAUUCCUUACGCCCAACCCCCUACGGGAGACCGCCGGUUCAGGUUACCAGAGCCCAUUCCACCGUACACAGGAACAGUCCGGGCGACAGCAUUUGGCCCUGCUUGCCCUCAGCAAAGUGCUCGCCUUCCCUUGCCCGAUGGCCUAGCUAGCGAUGUGGUCGACUUGAUCGUCAACACGGCAUAUAAAGCUAUCUUCCCAGACAGCGAAGACUGCCUCUCGAUCAACGUUGUAGUACCCACAAGUGCAACGCCGACAUCCAAGCUUCCUGUGGCAGUGUGGAUCUUUGGUGGUGGUUUCGAACUGGGUAGCCCCAGUCUAUAUGAUGGUGGUCUGAUAGUCGAGCGAUCCAUACAGCUUGGCGAGCCAGUCAUCUACGUGAGCAUGAACUACAGAUUAAGUGCAUUUGGCUUUUUGGCGAGCCAAGAAGUAAAAGACGCUGGCGUUGGAAAUCUUGGACUGCAAGAUCAACGUGAAGCAUUACGCUGGAUCCAGAAGUACAUCAGCAGCUUCGGAGGCGACCCCACGAAGGUCACUAUUUGGGGAGAGAGUGCGGGUGCUAUUUCUGUUGCACUCCAUAUGGUAGCGAACGAUGGGAAUCAUGAGGGUCUCUUCCGUGGUGCCUUCAUGCAGUCUGGAUCACCCAUUCCCGUGGGAGACAUUUCACACGGUCAAACGUACUAUGAUGCUAUCGCAGCCGAGACGGGUUGUUCCAGCGCAUCUGACACCCUGGCGUGCUUGCGAUCGGUUCCGUACUCAACAUUGAAGACCGCAGUUGAUCAUACACCCUUUAUAUUCGAUUACCAGUCCCUGGCGCUUGCAUGGCUUCCCAGAGCCGACGGCGUUUUUCUUACGGACAACCCACAGAAGCUCGUCCAGGCUGGGAAAGUGGCGAACGUGCCAUUCGUAACCGGCGACUGCGACGACGAAGGCACCCUGUUCUCCCUAGCGAAUCUCAACGUCACUACCACCAGUCAGGUCCGGACUUAUAUCAAGACUUUCUUCAUGCCCCAAUCAACGAACGCUGAACUGGAUCAAAUGUUGAAUCAUUAUCCACUGGAUCUUAUACAAGGAUCUCCGUUCGGCACAGGCAUUCUGAAUGCAUUGUCACCGCAGUUUAAGAGGCUUGCUGCAUUUCAAGGAGACGCUGUAUUCCAAGCGCCGCGACGAUUCUUCUUGCAACAACGCUCUAGCAAACAGAACACGUGGGCUUUCCUCAGCAAGCGAUUCAAGGCCGCUCCUUUCCUUGGCUCCUUCCACGCCUCCGACAUUCUCAAUGUGUACUUCGGUGGUGAGCUGGGGGACUACCUCAUCAACUUCGUGAAUAAGCUCGAUCCCAACGGCCAAGGGCGCGGAAUCAACUGGCCGAAGUACACCACAUCGUCGCCGAACCUAGUGACCUUCAACGACAACCUCUUCUUCCCCGUUACAAUUACCCAAGACACUUUCAGAAAAGAUGCCAUCAACUUUUUGACCGGUGUGACUCUAGCAAAUCCACUUUGA